GUUGUAUCGUGUUAAGUUUUUCUGUUUUGAUUUAUUCGAUUUAUUCGAUUUUUUCUUGUUUCGAAUGUUUAUUUUUUUCGUUUGCUUUAUCGAUUGAAUAGAUUUAUGGUAAAUUUGAUGAACCAAAAUGGAGACUCCUGCUGCAAUCUUAAAUCAGAUUCUGAUCGAUAAUUUAACUGAUGCCGAAUAUACUUUGCUCCCUUGCAAAGGUAAAUUAUUUCAUUAUCGUUGUGAAGUAAAAGGCCAUAUCGAAGAAGGAUCGGGUCAAUCAAAGAAAAAGGCUAAACAAUCGGCUGCAAAAAAAAUGGUCUUACAUCUUAUUGAAAAUCCAAAAUUCAUUAUCACUGCUAAUCGUGAUGAUAUUCAUUCCAAUCUAAAUCGAUUCGAUGAUUUCGGUACAUUGAUUGAAUCUAAUAAAGAAAUAAAACCUGUUCCUAUUCAAUCAUCAACUGAUAUAAGUGAUUUACAAACAUUGUGCAAUCGAAAGCGAUGGGAUCCACCAGUAUACAAUGAGUUGGAAACUCGUGGAUUGCCUCAUGAUCGAGUUUUUACCAUCGAAUGUUUUCUAAAAAACAUGGAUUUAACUGCUCAAGGUACCGGCAAAUCGAAACAAGCAGCUAAACAUGAUGCUGCCACAAAAAUGAUGACGAUUUUGAAAAAUGAAAACUUGGAUAAAUCUGAUGAAAUUUUGGAUAAUUAUGGCAAACGAAAUAGAAUUUACCAAAAUACUGCGAAAACGACAUUUGAUAUUCCAAAAGCAAUAAACGAUUUUCUCAAUAAUUGCGAAAAAGAUCGAUUCAAAGCUACAAAUGUAUUUAAAUUUUUUGAAAAAAUUACUUCUAAUUCAGACAAAAUGGAGAUGAUAAAAAAAUUGAUCCCAAAUGGCAUCUAUUAUAUACAAGAUUUUUUCGCUGAAACUGCUGAUUUUAACAACAUAGAAAAAUUAGCCAAGAAAUUAACUGAUAUACUUGAUUGUAAAUUUAUGACAUCAUGUCUUCCGGAUAAAUCAGCUGUUGGUCAAUUUCAAUAUUUAGCAGAAUUGAUUGCAACUGAUGAAUCGUUUGGUACAUCACCUCUUAUUACUGUUUGGGGAGUUGAUGAUGAUCUGAUCAACGCUCGUAUUAAAUCAAUUGGAUAUUUGAUUCUAUUAAUUGUAUUCUAUAUUUCAAUCAAUGAUAAAUCGAUAAACAACGAAAACAUGGAAAAAAAUUCAACAUUGUCGAAUUAAAUUUUGAUCUCAAUAUUCAUUAUGAUGAAAUUUCUAAUAUUUUAA